CUAAUCCUGUCUCGUAUGGUUUCCCAUCUAGCUGAAGCAGCAGAUAAGUUGGGAAAGAACAUCAAACUGGUGGAACGUUUGGUAGAAUGGUGUGAUGCAAAGGAUCAUGCUGGCGUCAUGGGUGAAUCAAACAGGCUGCUAUCGGCACUAAUCAGACACAGCAAAUCAAAGGAUGUUGUCAAAGCCAUCAUUCAAAGUGGUGGUGUUAAGCAUUUGGUCACUAUGGCAACAAGUGAGCAUGUUAUAAUGCAGAAUGAAGCUCUUGUUGCUUUGGGAUUGAUUGCUGCUCUGGAACUUGGUACAGCCGAACAGGAUCUGGAGAAUGCUAAACUGGUGGAAAUUCUGCACAAAUUGAUUUCUGAUGAUUCCAGUGCACCUGAAAUCAAGUACAACUCCAUGAUAAUGAUUUGUACCAUAAUGGGAUCAGAACUACUUAGGAAGGAAGCACAAAAUAUGCCAUUCAAAGAGAUUGUGUCAAAGCUUCGCCGCCAUGAGAAUAAACUUGUAGCCCAGCAAGCGUUAGUGACGGAGCAAAGACUGAUUAUUGAAAGCUGAGAUUUGUUCCCCAUUGCCUGUUCUUUAGUGUCUUGUCACUGGAUCACCUUUGUCUGCUGUGAAAUGCUGAUGCGGUACCCUUGCUUCUCACCUCCCGUGCAUGACUUAGAUUGGUCCUGUCUUGACAAAAGAAAAGCUGGGACCAAGUACUUUCAGCUGUAAGCUGUGGUUUUAAAAAAAAAACUUAGCCAUUUGUCCUCCCAUGUCCACUUAAUAUCCCUUUAAUGCCUGAAGCAAUGUGGUAGAGCUUGCAUGGUGUAGUAAAAUAAAAAUGUGGCAAUGUUUAUAGAAAAAAAUAAUGUACACCUCCCAUACAGCUGCAUUUGCAUUUUGUACAGAACUGUAAAGCUAUCAGUUGGAGAGGAUGCAGAAAUUAAACCUGGGUUUUCCUUUUAGAUUCAGAUAUUGAAGCUUGCUCCAUUCUUAACGCUUCCAAAAGCCCCACAAAAAACAAAAUGGGAAAAGAAACUAGCGUGCAUUGUCAGUCCUUCCAGGUGUCCAGAUGUUGGCUGUUAAUUAUGUAAAAUUGUGGUACCUAGAAUUAAUAAAUUAAAUCCAGAGUUCUAA